AUGUCAUAUGAUGCCACAGGAAACUGUGCGGAGAGCACUGCCGGAUGUAGGUGGUGUGUGACGUGUGCCUUGGUGCAGAAAUUGUUAGAAAAUGUGCCAUGUUUGGAGGUUCACUUCUGCGUGCAAUCACAGAGCUUCUGCUUUGUUCCCCGCACCAGUGGCCGAGGUCUGAGCGUGAGAAGGGGCCGUCAGAUGUCGCAGAAUGGGAACUUCACCACCACACAAGCCGGUGGCGGGCACAGGUCAAACGCUUGCUGUCUAUGUUGGUGCUGUUGCUGUAGCAACUCCUGGAGAGAAGAUGAGGAUCGAAACCGAAGGAUAUCUCACAACAUCACAAUGGAGACAUUGGAGAACUGUGACUUGAAUGCCAAGCCGACAGCAGAAGAGAUACACUUAUGGGCUCAAUCCUUUGACAAGCUGCUGAAAACACCAGCAGGGAGAAACAGCUUCAGAGAAUUCUUAAGAACUGAAUAUAGUGAAGAAAACAUGCUCUUUUGGCUAGCGUGCGAGGAUUUCAAAACCUGCUGGCGUAAGGGCUGA